ACAAACAAAUCCGAAGACGAUAAAGAAACCCAUACUAAAUAUUGGAAACUGAAAGGGUGAUAUUGGUCCAUAUGGCAUAAAAUAUAACAGUCCCUCGUUCCCUUCGCUUCCCCGCCACUCGUACAAAAUAACAUGGCUUCGAAGCUCGUGGCUCCUCCUUCUUCUCUGUCCCGCUCAACGAAGCUCUUCUCCUUCUCUUCCAACUCAAAAGGACCUAAAAUCAUUUCCUUCCCGAGCUAUUUCAGCCAAUGGAGGUCUAAAGGAAGCUCCUGCUCGCGGAGAAUGGUGGUGAAAUCUUGUCUCAAAGUGGAGGAGAAGAGUUCCCAAAAGUCCGCCGGAAUUGAGUGGGGAAAAGUCUCGGCGGUGCUUUUCGACAUGGAUGGAGUGCUCUGCAAUAGUGAAGACCCUUCGAGGAGGGCUGGAGUAGACGUUUUCGCCGAGUUAGGUGUUGCAGUCGCAGUGGAGGACUUUGUGCCAUUCAUGGGGACUGGUGAAGCCAACUUCUUGGGAGGCGUUGCUUCUGUUAAAGGGGUGAAAGGAUUUGAUCCUGAAGCGGCCAAGAAAAGAUUCUUCGAGAUAUAUUUGGAAAAGUAUGCAAAGCCAAAUUCUGGAAUUGGAUUUCCAGGAGCUCUUGAGCUCAUUACUCAGUGUAAAUGCAAAGGCCUUAAAGUUGCUGUAGCAUCUAGUGCUGAUCGAAUCAAGGUUGACGCAAAUCUAGCCGCUGCUGCCUUGCCAUUGUCACUGUUUGAUGCCAUUGUGUCAGCAGAUGCUUUUGAAAAUCUGAAACCUGCUCCUGAUAUUUUCUUAGCAGCAUCAAAGAUCUUGAGUGUGCCCACUAGUGAGUGCAUUGUUAUUGAAGAUGCACUUGCUGGAGUGCAAGCUGCCAAAGCUGCAGGAAUGAGAUGCAUAGCUGUCAAAACUACCUUAGCAGAAGAGACUUUAAAGGCUGCUUGUCCAUCACUUAUACGAAAUGAGAUAGGAGAUGUUUCACUUGAUGAUAUUCUCAGUGGUGGCUCUGAUGACUAUAAUGAGAAGAUGCAGGGAAGCCAAGUUCUUCAGACACCAUCCCAAAAUUCCUCAGGCCAAGAGAAGAUUGAUGAUGGGCCAAUCCAGCAAAAGAGUUCUGAUAAUGGGGAUUCCUUAAAUGGAGGGUUGCAGGGUUCUCGGAGUGAUAUAAUAAGAUAUGGAAGUUUGGGGAUUGCUCUUUCUUGCCUUGUUUUCGCCAUCUCAAACUGGAAGGCAAUGCAAUAUGCAUCACCUAAAGCUAUUUGGAAUAAUUUGUUUGGUGCCACUCAACCAUCUUUUGGACAAAAUGAAGGAAAAUCAAGAACCAAAAGAAUCCAACAACUUGUGAAAUAUAUAGCUGACUUAGAAACCAGUGGAACUGCUCCUGUGGUGCCAGAGUUUCCACCAAGACUGGACUGGUUGAAUACAGCUCCCCUUAAGUUUAGCCAGGAGUUGAAAGGAAAAGUGGUUGUGCUUGACUUCUGGACUUACUGCUGCAUAAAUUGUAUACACGUGCUGCCAGAUCUGGAGUUUUUAGAGAACAAGUACAAAGAUAUGGAGUUCACAGUUGUGGGAGUUCACUCAGCAAAGUUUGAUAAUGAGAAAGAUUUAGAAGCCAUUCGCAAUGCAGUGUUACGUUAUGGCAUCAAACAUCCAGUUGUGAAUGAUGGAGAGAUGCGGCUAUGGCGGGAACUAGGGGUGAGUUCCUGGCCAACGUUUGCUGUUGUUGGCCCGGAUGGUAAGCUCAUUGCACAACUAUCAGGUGAAGGUCGUCGAAAGGAUCUUGACGAUAUUGUGGAGGCAGCUCUUCAGUACUAUGGUGGAAAGAAAAUCUUAGACAGCACUCCUUUACCGUUGAGUUUAGAGAAAGAUAAUGACCCUCGGUUGCUUACAUCUCCAUUGAAGUUUCCAGGGAAGCUAGCAAUAGAUGUCCACAACAAUAGGCUCUUCAUCUCUGACAGUAACCACAACCGCAUAGUUGUAACUGACCUCAGUGGAAAUUUUAUUGUCCAAAUUGGAAGCACAGGGGAGGAAGGUUUACGUGAUGGUACCUUUGAUGAUGCUGUCUUCAAUCGGCCUCAGGGCCUUGCGUACAAUCUAAAGAAAAAUAUACUUUAUGUAGCAGAUACUGAAAAUCAUGCUAUAAGGGAGAUUGAUUUUGUUAACGAGACAGUGCGUACAUUAGCUGGAAAUGGAACCAAGGGUUCUGACUAUCAAGGAGGAGGAAAUGGAAGUACACAGCUCCUGAACUCUCCAUGGGAUGUUUGCUUUGAGCCCGACAAUGAGAAAGUUUACAUCGCUAUGGCUGGCCAACAUCAGAUCUGGGUGCACAAUACAUCAGAUGGUAGUACCAAAGCAUUCAGUGGUGACGGUUAUGAAAGAAACUUAAAUGGCUCCAGCUCAAUAACCACAUCAUUUGCACAGCCAUCUGGAAUUUCAUUAUCUAAUGACUUUUCAGAGGCAUAUAUUGCUGAUAGUGAGAGUAGCUCUAUCCGAGCUCUUGAUCUGAAAACUGGAGGAUCAAGAUUGUUAGCUGGUGGUGAUCCGUUUUUCUCAGACAAUUUGUUCAAGUUUGGAGACCAUGAUGGAGUAGGGGCUGAAGUACUCCUUCAACAUCCAUUGGGUGUCCUGUGUGCGAAAGAUGGUCAAGUUUAUAUAGCAGAUAGCUACAACCACAAGAUCAAGAAGCUAGAUCUAGCUAGUAAAAGAGUUACUACCAUAGCAGGUACAGGGAAAGCUGGUUUCAAGGAUGGAACAGCCCUAGAAGCUCAGCUUUCAGAACCAUCAGGAAUCAUUGAAGUAGUAAAUGGAAGACUGCUCGUUGCUGAUACAAAUAACAGCAUAAUAAGAUAUCUGGACUUAAACAAGGAAGUACCUGAACUUCUAACUUUAGAGCUGAAAGGUGUUCAGCCUCCUAAUAAAAAAUCUAGAUUGCCAAAGCGGCUCAGAAGACGAGCACCAUCAGAUGCACAAAUCAUUAAAGUUGAUGGUAGUUCAUCCAGUGAGGGAAACUUAUUCAUUAAAAUAUCACUGCCUGAAGAGUAUCACUUUUCAAAGGAGGCUCGCAGUAAAUUUAGUGUUGAUCUCGAGCCCGAAAAUGCAUUGACUAUUGAUCCCUUGGAUGGAUAUCUUAGUCCAGAAGGAUCUGCAAUACUUCAUUUUAAGCAAUCUUCAUCAUUAGCUUCGAUGGGAAAAAUAAAUUGCAAGGUUUACUAUUGCAAAGAAGAUGAGGUCUGUCUAUACCAGUCGCUGUCGUUUGAAGUACCCUUCCUCAAGGAAGUUGGGGAAUCUAGCACAGCUGAAAUCAUACUUCCAUUUCUUGUGAAGCCAAAAACUUCAACAAGCAGCUUACAGUUACCUGCAGUUGCCCCUUGAGGUUGUUCCUUAUGUAAAUGGUAACACCUGCUCUUUGGAGUAACAGACACAAGGUGCCAAUAUUUUUUUUUUUUUAAAUUCCUUUCAUUAAUGUAUAUAUAUGUGGAUGUUUUAUAAUUGCUGUUUUAAGUUAACAUUAAUAAUCAUUAUCACUAUUGCUGGCAUAAUCAUGAGAUAGAUUGCUUACCAAGGCAAGCACUCGUGCACCUUUGUUUCUACUCGAUUAAAUGAUUACAUCUAUAGUCCA